AUGAAGCUCAUUAGGACUGUGCGGAACCACUGGAAGAAGUCAAUAUUUUUCAGUUUAGUAGCUGCCGGGGGAGGACUGUACGGCUACAACAGGUAUAAGGAGAAUCUUCUACUUAAAGAGUAUUGUCUGAAAGUGCAAAACCACAGUGCAGAGAAGGUGUCUACAGAUCACAAGAUCAAAGACGUAGUCGUCUUCCUCAACCCUUCUUCAGGUGGUGGUAAGGCUUCUAAAACGUUCAAGAAGUUUGCUGUGCCCAUGUUGAGCUGCAGUGGUAUAAACUUUGUGAUCGUGCCCACAUCCUACGAGGGGCAUGUUAGCUCUCUGCUUAAGUACCUGCCUGUUAACGUGGAGGCUGUGGUGGUGGCGGGGGGUGACGGGAUGUUACAGGACACCGUAACCGCAGUCUUACGGAACAACAAACACAGCCAACUCCCCGUGGGAUUCAUACCUCUGGGAACGCACAACACUUUUUGCUCCAGGUACUUGCACCAAGCGGACUCUUUGACCAACGUAGAUGCCAUCUGUCAGUCUAUUAUCAAUAUUGUGGAGGGUAAUGUUCAGAAGGUACCCAUCAUGGAAAUUAGUCCCGCCAAAGGGAACACUAUCUUCGCUCUAUCUUACUUCACGUGGGGUUCUAUUAAGGGUGCCAUAGAUUUUAUCCCAAAGCUGUGGUGGCUGGGCCGACUCCAGACAGCGGGUGCAAUGUUGAGGUUCUCCACCAGCACCUCGUGGCCGUGCAACAUCAAAGCCAAGGUAGACAGCAGGGUCGAAGAACUGGCAAACCUGACAAUAAUGCCGGGAGAAAAGUCAGGACUAGUGUCACACUCCCACCCCGCCGUCCGGGAGAGGAUGGAAUUCUUUGAGCUGAUCGGGAGAAAUAUAAUCGACAAUAGACAGUCUGGUCUCCUGACUAAAUUAACACUAGGCGAAGUUCCACGUGAAACUGAUUCUCAGGAAAUUAGCGUCGUCCCUCUAUCUGAAGGAAAGUUCUUUGUGGAUGGUGAAUCAGUCGAUUGCAGAACAAUUAAAAUUAAGUAUCUGACAGACUCUAUAAGUAUGUUUGUUCCCCGUAAUACGAUACCGGUGGAAAGUGUUAAUAUUUUACCUGAGAUUCCCCGUUCUAUUUCAAAAUUUAUGCAAACACUUCAUGAUUUCUUUGGUAUCGGUUGACUAAAUCGGAUCAUAUAGCCUUCAGAUCCAGCAAGAUUUUGACGAUUAUAUUGUCCCCUUAAUUUAUUAUAGGUUUAUAUUCAAUGCUCUGUGAAGUCCCGAGAAUUGAAUAACGGUAAUCGGCUGGAAUCGAUUAUGAUUCAAUUUUUAUUGACAAUGGUGGGAAUUUAUGUUUUUGUAAUAGUAAAUGUCCAUACUAACUUAUUGAACUUUUAAUACAA